ACGAGUGGCUUGGUACGCGAUGACGGUGGCCGGCAGGAAAAACCGGAGCCUUCUUGGUUAAGGAGGGGUUGGGCAGUGAGAAAGAGGCCUGCGGUAGGAGCGGGCGCCGAAGGGAGUAGCUCUCCGGCUGCGGCUGGAAUGUGAGGCGACAGAGGCAGGCAGGGAGCAAACGCUGGAGAAUAGGCAGUCGGAGGGGAACUUCUGAUGAAGAUUUUUUUGACUAUCUAAGCUGUCUGGAUCAAACAUGUAGCAGAUAACUACUAUGCCGUCACAUUUGUUAGUUCUAGACCACACUCUUGUCUUUUAAAUCUCCUUGUAUAUUAAUAGUGAAUGAAUCAUCUUAAUUCCUUUUUUGGAUUUUGUUAAUUAAAAUUCAAGUUGGAUUUCAAGUGGUAUUAAUUAAACUGAGGAACAAUGAGUAGUAGUCUUGGAAAAGAAAAAGAUUGUAAGGAGAAGGAUCCCAAAGUGUCUUCAGCAAAAGAAAGAGAGAAAGAGGCCAAGGCCUCUGGUGGAUUUGGGAAAGAAAGUAAAGACAGAGAAACUAAGACCAAAGGGAAGGAAGCCAAAGAUGGGAAGAAGGACUCCAGUAGUGCACAGCUAGGCGUGGCUUUUUCAGUAGAUAACACAAUAAAACGGCCCAACCCAGCUCCAGGUGCCCGUAAAAAAUCCAGUAAUGCUGAGGUGAUCAAAGAGCUAAACAAAUGUCGGGAAGAAAAUUCAGUACGUUUGGACUUGGCUAAGAGGUCUAUACAUUUGCUCCCAUCAUCUAUCAAAGAGUUAACACAGUUGACGGAACUUUAUUUGUAUGGAAAUAAGUUACAGUCAUUACCUGCUGAGGUAGGCUGUCUUGUGAAUCUGGAAACUUUGGCCUUAAGUGAAAACUCACUCACCAGCCUUCCGGACUCUCUUGGUAACUUGAAACAGCUUCGUAUGGUUGAUCUACGGCAUAACAAAUUGAGAGAGAUUCCUCCUGUUGUGUAUAGGCUAACUUCCCUUACUACACUUUAUCUGCGCUUUAAUCGUAUCACUUCAGUGGAAAAGGAUAUCAAGAACUUGUCCAAUCUCACCAUGCUAAGCAUACGGGAGAACAAAAUCAAACAACUUCCUGCAGAAAUUGGUGAGUUGUGUAACCUCAUAACGCUGGAUGUAGCCCACAAUCAGCUUGAACAUCUUCCAAAGGAGAUUGGCAAUUGCACACAGAUCACUAAACUUGAUCUACAGCACAAUGAACUUUUGGACCUUCCAGACACUAUAGGAAAUCUAUCUACUUUGAAAAGCCUUGGUCUGAGAUAUAACCGUCUCUCAGCAAUACCCAGGACUCUAGCACAGUGCAGUAAACUUGAUGAGUUAAAUUUGGAAAAUAACAUUAUUUCUACUUUGCCAGAGGGUCUCUUAUCCAGUCUUGUGAAUCUGACUAGUCUAACUCUGGCAAGGAACUGUUUUCAAUCUUACCCUGUUGGUGGCCCUUCACAGUUCUCUACUAUCUAUGCUCUCAAUAUGGAACAUAACCGCAUUAACAAAAUUCCUUUUGGAAUUUUUUCUAGAGCAAAAGUAUUAAGUAAGCUGAACAUGAAGGACAAUCAGCUGACAUCACUUCCCCUGGAUUUUGGGACAUGGACCAGCAUGGUGGAACUCAAUUUAGCUACAAAUCAACUCAACAAAAUUCCUGAGGAUGUAUCUGGGCUUGUUUCUCUUGAGGUUCUUGUUUUGUCAAAUAAUCUCCUAAGAAACCUCCCACAUGGCAUUGGAAAUUUGAGGAAACUGAGAGAAUUGGAUCUAGAGGAAAAUAAGCUGGAAUCGUUGCCAAAUGAAAUAGCAUACCUUAGGGAUCUGCAGAGACUGAUCCUAACGAAUAAUCAAUUGAGCAUUCUUCCCAGAGGAAUUGGUCACCUUAUCAAUCUGACACAUCUUGGGCUGGGAGAAAACUUUCUUACACAACUUCCUGAGGAAAUUGGUACACUGGAGAAUCUGGAAGAACUGUAUCUAAAUGACAACCCACAUCUAAACAGCCUUCCUUUUGAACUGGCUCUUUGCAGCAAGCUAUCUAUAAUGAGCAUUGAGAACUGUCCGCUCAGCACCCUUCCAGCUCAGAUUGUUGCAGGUGGACCUUCCUUUAUCAUCCAGUUUCUCAAAAUGCAAGGACCAUAUCGAGCCAUGGUCUGACUGAUAUCUUCCCCAAUGAUGUACAAAAUAUAAAUGGCUUUUGUGGUGUCAUUAUGUAUAUAGUAUCUAGGCUACAUGAUGCCCAGUGUGGAUAAAAGAUGGAUUGUCCUAUACACUCUACUAAAUGCAAACUGCACUGUUAGUAUUGUGUAUGUGUGUAUAUAUAAUAUAAUAUAUAGAUUGUAUAUUAUAUUAUAAACAUAAAUAAUAUAAAACAGGCAAAUUUCAGACCACAAGUAUGUGUUCCUGCUCUUAGAGGAAACAUAGCCAUUUAGAUUUUUUUUUCAUUAUAAAUGCUUGUUAAAGUUUUCUUUAGUGAAUUUGAUGGUUAUCUGGAUAAUUUGGGGUACCAGUUUACUGAAAACAAUGUCAAUUAACUGCUGAUCAAUUUAAGGGAAAAUAUGUUUAAACCAAGCCUUUUCCUGUUGGAUAAAAAGCAACUUAGUCACACAAAUUGUUUUCUCAUUCGUUGUGAAUCACAUUUUGUGACAAAAAAAAAAUUGGAAUUAUUUGUAUUUUCCUUUAUUCUGGAAAGUCCUUUAACUUAUUUUAAGUUUUAAAACAAAUGGUUUUGUAUGUUUACAGUCAGGGUAUGUCACUGGAUUGGGGUGGGGUGGGGUGGGAAUUUACUCUUUUUUCUGAAUCGAGAGAAGUUGUAUUCUUCUGAGGGCUUUUUAUUGACUGAUUUGUAUUAUUGCAAAAAUAUAAGCAACUAGUUAGUGAAAAAAAAAGUCCAACAGAAGCUUGAGUUCCUUUGAAUUUAUCAGUUAUAAGCAUAUCAUACUGAAGAAGCAAUUAUUUUAUGGUUGCUUCAUUUAGCAUAAGCAACACUUUUCACUUAAAGAAGUGACAAAUUUGUAGAAAAGUACCAUGUUCUGUUAAGAUUUAGUAUUACAUCAAUGAUGGAUCUGAAACACAACAGAUAAUUGUAAGGGUUUUUCCUGGUCUUUGUGCAAUUAAUGAAUGUGUCUUUUUUGAAACCCUGCAGUAUACAUAAAAUGUAUGGUCGGUUGACAAUGUUAUUCUGGUUUUAUAUCUUGCCUUGCCUUGUACAUCCUCCCAUUAUUAUGGAGUGUCUGCGUCAAAGCACAAUAUCUUCAUGCUGUGCUAUUUUGCUGCUGAACUAAAUGCACUUUUCCCUGUAAAGAUGGGACACUUGCUUCAAAAUAAUCAGUUCAGUACCAUGAUUUAUUCUUUUAACCUCAUCCUAUCAAUCUCAGUAUUAAAGACUGGUCUGUUUGGAAAAAAAAGGACACUUUUUCAUUUGUAUUUAGAAUGUGAUUACUCAAUAGAAAACCAUUAAGUGAUUGAAUAGAAAACAUGUGGUUUAUUGUCUUUUUCAGGGCUAUACAAAGGGCUAAUGAUGCUGCAGUGAUUUUUGCUACUGCACUUGAUUGCUAUUGCCAUUUCAAAUUGGAUGCUCACAUAGCAAUUACAUUUGAGAUAAAUUUGUUUUCUGUGUCAGUUCAUUAUGAUGGGUUUGCUUAAGGGAUCUUAGAAUUAAAAAGGUGGUGUUCUUUAAAUUACACAUUCUAGAUGUCAGAUAAAUUUUUCAUUUGUGGAAAAUGGUUUUGUAUAUUUUAUUUUGAUAUUGACGUCUAUUUGAUAGACACAAUCCAGAGAUCAUUAGAUAUACUUACUUAUCCUGUUGAAAUUAACACAGUUCAUUGAAGGUUUCACUCAUAAACACCAAUAAGGUCUGAGUAAAUAUUUCUCAAGAUUGUUUUGUAAGAGCCAUUGAUUUUAGUGGUUGUGGAUUUUCUUUUAGAUUGAGUCAGCUGCCUUCAAAUGUGACAUGAAUUUUAGUGUUCAUUAAUUUUAU